AUGAUUCAGAGAUGUAUCGAGAACUCAGUAGCGCCGGGAACGCUCAAUAUAUAUAGUAGAGUCAAAGCCCGGUUCCUGGCGUUCAGCCAAACGGUGGGCAUCCCGGCACAGGAACUUCCCCAAGCUGCGGAAUAUUUUUCUGGCGCAUCUUAUCCACAAAGGGAGGAUAGGACGCUGGGUUAUCACGUAGCCGCGUUGGCACACUUUUUUGGACCGCUCCCUCAGGACGAUGCGGACAUCCAGAAGGCGCUCCUGAGGGGAGCCAAUAAGACCAGGAUCCCGGUGAAGCAUCGUAGCAAAGCGUCCAAGGAGGAUGUCGACCUCAUCCUCGCAUAUGCUCUUAGGACGUUACUGCGAGUUAGCGAGGUUAGAGCGCUCCAGUUCGGGGACUUCUCGUAUCACGGAGACGGCCUUUGGUGGAUCCAGGUAAAGAGAUCUAAGACAGAUCAAGGUGGGCAGGGAGCCACGGUGGCGGUUAAAUGGGGUUUGCAGGAAACCACUCUGUGGCAGGCCUUUUGCGGGCUCAGGAGGCCGCUGGAACCUCACAAAUUCCUCUUCAGCGGGACGUCAGGAGAGCCCUCCUCCAGGGAUUGCGUAGCCAAAAGGAUAAAAAAGGUAGUCGCAGCAGCGGGGCUUCAACAUAAGAUGCUUACAUCUCAUUCUUUUAGAGGCGGUGCAGCAACCCACGCCAUUAGACAGGGUGUGGACGCGGAGCUGUCCGGCAUCAUGGUCGAGGCGAGAGACACGCGUACGGACAGGAAAGACGGCAACAUCGGCAAUCUGGUUUUCGGCUCCCGGAUGGGACGGACAAUUUCGAUUCUUGUCUACACGCUGCUUGGCUGCUUUCUUAGCAUGGUGCUGGGAAUGGCUUGGAAGCACUGGAUUUUCGCUGCACACGAUUCAAAUUUUUUUGGUUCCACUGUUUCUUCUAUCGCCUGA